CGCCCCCGGUCUCCUCCCUCCCUCCUCCGCCGCCGAGCCUCCGCCUCCUCCUCCUCGUCCUCCUCCUCCGGCGGCCGUGGCGGCUCUCUCGGCCCCGGCUCCCCGCUCUUGCCCGCCGCUUCGCCUCGCUGCCCUGCGAGCGGCUCCGCGCCGGGCUGGCGCGCACGGCACUGCUGCAAAGAGCCUCUGAGAGCUCUGGAGUGAGAGCUGCCUCCAAGAGUGACUCUCCAUUUGGAAACCUCUGCUGAAGGUGAAGGCCUCCCAGUACGCCAGGCAGCCUUAGCCGGCGCUUUGAAAUACUGCAUCCAGAACUGUGAAGUGACUAAGAUUUGCCAUUGUCAGAAGUGGGAAUAGCCGCUGCCCUGCAGCACAGGCGGCAGAGCGAGGAGCGUCCUUCAGUUCAGCUGCUUCUCUUUGUUCCUGGCUGCCGGAAGUGAACUAGUUUUUGCAAGAGGGACGCUGCAGCGCUCAGCUGUGCCAAGAGCCAUUGCGAUAGCUCAGCCCGGGCCUGGGGCAAUCCCACCAUACGCUGCUUCCGUCUGACAGAAAAGAUGAGAUACCUGGUAAUACCUGUCGCUCAAAGUUUGCUGGAAGUGCUGCCUCAGAGUUGGAUCGCUGCAGAUCCCUUGAAACAUUAUAAUCCGUUAUUCAGAGCCUGGACAAGAGUUUAGCACUGCAUUUUUACAGAUCGCUGCCUGUAGCGGAGCACAAAGAAAGCGACAAGACUCCCACAUCUUUCAGCGAGAAGAAAGGAAUCAGCAGAGCAGACUAAUACGGACUUGUGUCUGGUGGCCUUUUUGCACAAAGGCUGCCUUUAAAAGAGAAACGCAGUGUUAUUUAAUGAGCUGUGAGAUGAGGCGCUGCUGCUAACACUCAGAUUCCAGGAUUCAUCUGCUAUUCAUUGUGCUUAAUGUACAUGUUUCUACACCGUGCAUUUAGAAGAUCCCAGAGAAGAAUCCAAAACGGCUGCGGGGGAAAGACCACCAAACAUGCCUACAGAAACACUACCGACAGGUAGCAUGGUGAAGCCCGUCAGUCCUGCCGUCACUUUCACAUCUGCCGUUCCUCUUCGCAUCCUGAACAAAGGACCCGACUAUUUUCGCAGGCAGGCAGAGCCUAAUCCGAAAAGACUGAGUGCAGUGGAGAGACUAGAAGCUGAUAAGGCAAAAUAUGUCAAGAGCCAAGAGGUCAUCAACGCCAAACAGGAGCCUGUGAAACCAGCGGUGCUGGCGAAGCCACCGGUGUGUCCCGCAGCCAAGCGAGCUCUGGGGAGCCCCACCUUGAAAGUGUUCAACAACAAUGCAAAGACUGAGAGCGGAGUCCAGAGAGAAAAUCUGAAACUAGAGAUUUUGAAAAACAUCAUCAACAGCUCCGAAGGCUCCAGCUCAGGUUCAGGUCAUAAACACAGUUCACGAAACUGGCCGCCCCACAGAGCUGAUUCGACAGAACUGAACCGACACUCAUUUGCCGAAUCUUUAAAGGUUUAUCCCACGCAGGGCCGCAGCAGCCCUCAGGAGAGCAGCUCCAACGUGAGCAGAAGGCUCCUAGACCAGUCAACAGAGACUUUCUUGCAUGUCUCUCACAGCUCCUCAGACAUUAGGAAAGUAACUAGUGCAAAGCCCUUAAAAGCAAUACCCUGCAGUAGUUCAGCCCCACCUCUGCCUCCAAAACCCAAAAUCGCUGCCAUUGCCACUCUGAAAUCCCCAGAGAUUGAGACAGUCGAAUCUGGAUGUGGUGUUAGUAGAAGACCCUCUCUGCAGCGAUCUAAAUCUGACUUAAGCGACAGAUACUUUCGUGUCGAUGCAGAUGUUGAACGAUUCUUUAACUACUGUGGACUGGAUCCUGAAGAGCUUGAAAACCUUGGGAUGGAAAAUUUUGCAAGGGCUAACUCUGACAUUAUAUCCCUCAACUUUCGCAGCGCAAGCAUGAUUAGCUCAGACUGUGAACAGUCUCAGGACAGCAACAGUGACCUUAGAAAUGAUGACAGUGCCAAUGACCGUGUGCCAUAUGGCAUUUCUGCCAUUGAAAGGAAUGCCAGAAUCAUCAAGUGGUUAUACAGCAUCAAGCAAGCUAGAGAGUCACAGAAAGUGUCCCAUGUGUGAGAGGAAAUCCACAGGAGGAAAAGCAAGGACUGUAUCUUUGUCUGUGAAUAUUCAGUUGUGAAGGGUUGUGAAGUCUACUUGAAGUCUUGUACACUUCUCAAAUCUCUUUGUGUUGCUUGUUGUGCAAUGUUUUCAAGUUGCAUGCCUGUCAACAUGUGAACUGACCUGGCUUCCACUUGAACAAUAACUAACUACAAAGCCUGGCUGAGCGUACACAUUAUCUGCCAAAAGUUUAAGACAAGAAUCUAAUUAGAGCUUCGGCAUAAUCAAAAGUGUUUACAUGGAAAGGUUAUAUGACUUCUUUGAUAUUUAUGUAGUUCCUUGUGGAUUUUAUAUGUCACUUUUUGUCUUAAUACAGAUAUUGUCAACGGAUGUUACUAGUUUCUAAGUUGAAUCAGAAUCCCUUUGGGCAAAAAAAAAUAAUAUUGGCCAAAAUAAGAGAUUUGGACGUAUAACAAUAAGCAGAGCAGCCUGAUCUCUUGCAGAAAGUGGAUUACUGGCACAUGUAAAACUGUUUCUAAAAGGCAAAGAAUGCUGCAUUUUUGUUAAAAUAUAUAUCCCUACUUGUAGUAAGGGGCUGUUCAGUAUGGUUUUUCGUUUUCUAGGUAAGCUCCCUCAGUUUUACAGCAGAAGUAGUCUAGUGAAUCUGCUUGACAUCUUGUAAACUAAAUGAGUCUUGUAUUUUGUUUGGGGUAAACAUUUUAAUGGUUUUGUAUUACCCCGUUGGAAAGGUUUAAAGACGGUCAGAGUCAACAGAUGAAAAUGUCUUGGGUGUGGGAUUUUGUGGGUUUGGUUUUUACUCAAAGAUUCCUGGUCUUAAACUUUUGACGGGAAUGAUUAGAUCCUAUAGCUGAUAUUGAAUGCCUUUAUUAGUCAAACACAUCAUGACUACCAACUCCAUGCUGUCUUUUAAUUUUUUGUAGACCUAUUUGAGCAGUUCAUGAACAAAAAUGGAAACACACAGCCAUAUCAAUAUAAUGCCUCCUAUUCAGAAGUAAAUACACUCAGUAGCUGACCUAUAUCUGAGAAAUUGUGAUUAUGUUGUCUUGCAUAUGUUAUAUCUAAGGCUGUGAAAGUUUGUUACAGCUCUAGGAAAGUGUAGAAACAUGACUGUAUGUAGCUUUUUUUUUUUCCUCUCUCCUCCUCUCCUUACCAUGGUUAGUGCUGCAGGUCAACCUGUUACAAAUCUUUUGACAAUCUGUGUCUUCCCAGUGGUUUAAUUAACUGUCAUUUCAACUGGCAGUUGUGGUGUGGUAGCAGAGAAGUUGAAAGUACAGUGGUCUGCUUCAUUAUUAUUGUAUACAUGCUUUGAAGUAAAUUGCAGCACUACCUUAGACUUCAUCAGCUAAUAGGAAACUUUUUUAUUGUGUAAAUGCUGUAAGACUUUGUAUAUACUUCAGUUGUUACAAAAUCUUUAAAAGGAAGAGUGUUAUGCUAAUAAAUAGCUCCUGGUGCAGGUAUGGUGGGUUUUUUGUUCAUUUUUAACUCUUCCCAUUCUUAAACUAUAUUGGGAACUCAAUUGCAGGGUGUUUUAGUGCUGUAGAAAGCCUUGGUUAAAUAACAGUUCCAGUAAAAGGUUUCUUCCUAAAAGUGCUUUUCAGAACAUAAUUUUUCAAAAGUAACUAUAGCAGCAUGAUCUGUCUGAAGAACUAGAAGAGAUUUUCAGGACUCCUAAAAUAGCUUGCUUCUUCCUUACCUAGCAAUGUUACUGUUUCCAUUUAUAGCAUCUGUUCAUAAUGAAUCACUGCAGUCUUCUGAAUUAUUCUUCAGUAGUGCUUAUUUAUAUGUUUGAAUAUUAAAGAUGUUUUACAAAGUCAGGUUCUAUCUUUUCUUUAAGGAGCUUGUAGCCCAACUUUUUACUGAUAGCCACAAUUGAUGCAGGCAAGACUAGCAGUCACAUAGAGCCAUGCACUCAUUGUUGACUAUGGGAUUAUCCUAUAUCAGCUUUUAUAUAAUUGUUUUCCAAAUUAUCCUGUAUGGAAAAAAAACACAUUUUCAGUUUCAGGAGAAUACUCUGCCUUCUACUGGUGGCUUCAUGACCUAAGACUACAACAUUUAGUUUGAUCAAAAAGAUGAGGAGAUAGGUAUUUCAGCUAUAGGCACAUUUGUGACAUAUUUUAAGCUGCAUGGGUUUCAGUUGGCAUUGACAUCACGCUGAUUUUUCAGGCGUAUUUUUCCAAUAGUGAAUUCUACUCAGCUCAGUGACUAUUUUGCCAAUGAAAGUAAUGCUUUAAGGGAUUAAAGCCAAGUGUAAUGCAGCUGUACAGCAAUGAAAUAAAGAACUUAAAAUAAAAA